CGCAACGUUUUACUACUAUUUCCUGUUUCAUUGUGCUGGUUAUUUUAAACUCCCCAACCACCGACGCACAUGGGAAAAGCCAAGGAGCCGAAAAGUGGUGUGCUGCCACAGCGCGAGACGUACGAGCGGAUGAACUUUCUCUACCAGUCGGCCCAGUUCUACGCACAGCUCAGCCAAAAUUCCAACCCGGAGACCUCGCUUCUGCCUCUGGCCCGGUUCUACAGCAAGGAAAUGCGCUCGAUUGCCCGGAAGAGCGUGUCGCGUCUGAGCCCGCAUUUGAAACGCGGGAUCUGCAAGGUGUGCAGCACUCCGCUGCUUCCGGGAAUCUCAUGCACGAAGCGGGCCAGCCGUGGUGCCAGGAGACCGCGGGUGACCACCACAUGCACAUACUGCGGUACGCACAAGUCACUGCCGAGCAAUCCAGACUAUGUGCUGUUUGUCGACAGACCAGAGCACAAGACAAUACAUUAGCAAGAUGCUUGGCUCCACUCAAGGUGCACAUUGGCGAUUGACAGCCAAAGGAACAUUAGUUAGUAGGUGACACUUUAUGAGAAUGGAAGCACCCUUGCACAAGGCAG